AUGGAUCCUCCCUUCUCUCAGAAGAAAAGCGAGGCAGAGGAACUGCCCACUGCACGACAUCUCAGUCUCGCCGCUCCAAACCAGGAACAUGAUCAUGGUCAAGUAGUCGACGCAGAGAGUGUCUCGGGAGGAUUUGAAAAAUUAGCCAAAGAUGGCCACACACUCCUCAUUCCACAACCGAGCGCGGAUCCCCAAGAUCCUCUGAACUGGUCGUCGUUUAAAAAGCACCUGAUUCUUCUCAUCAUCUCGUGGAGUGCGUUGCUAGCAGAUCAUGGCUCUGCGACGGGUGCAGUUACUCUAAUUCCACAAGCGGAAGCGUGGAACAUGAGCCCAGAUACUGUCAACCAUUCCCAGGUAGGGAAUGUGUUCAUGCUCGGAGCCGGUGGGAUCUUCGUUGUCGCUGGAUCGGCAUAUUUUGGUCGCCUCCCUGUUCUUUUCUGGUUCCUUGUCAUGGCUUCUGCCACCGCGGCUUGGUGUGCCGCUGCAACGAAUUUUGAAAGCUUCACGGCCGCGCGCAUUCUAAAUGGAUUCUUCUCUACGGUCGCCCAAGGUGGAGGACUGAUGUUCAUCAAAGACAUGUUCUUCUUCCAUGAACAAGCAAGGAAGAUUAAUAUAUGGGCCGGCUUUAUCAUUCUCAGCCCAUAUCUCGGUCCCCUCUUCUCGGCAUUCAUUAUCACAACACAAAAGUGGAACGUGGCAUUUUGGCUUUUUCUUGCUAUGUGCAGUCUUGCUUUAAUACUGUCUGUGUUGUUCGUUCCCGAGACAUACUACAGCAGAAACGCCCUUGAUGCUCCUUCUAAUGGCUCACGGAUUUUGACGCUUAUCGGGUUUCACCAGCGCCGCGUGAAUUUACUCAAGCCAAACACUUUUGUCGAUGCUCUUCUCCUGCCAAUUAAAGUGAUUGGAAAGCUACCAAUUGUGUUCAUCUCAUUCUAUUACUUUCUUACUUUUGCGUGGGUUGUCGGGAUCAAUACGACGCUCUCGAUUUUCUUGACUCCGCUCUACAAUUUUGGACCAAAACAGAUUGGUUUUUUCUACUUUACCCCCAUAGUUGCCGCCCUCCUGGGUGAAAUCUGCGGUCACUACAUCCACGAUUUCCUCGCAUCUCAAUACAUCAAGAAGCAUCAUGGCCAUUUCGAACCGGAAGUCCGGCUUCGGGCUGCAAUUUUAGCAACACCAUUCAUGAUAACAGGCAUCGUUCUGUUGGGAUUUGCCCUGCAGUAUGGGUAUCACUAUAUGAUUACUUCUCUAGGAUGGGGUCUGUAUGUUUUCGGUAUAAUGGUCACUACAGUUGCGGUGAACGCCUAUGGACUGGAUAGUUAUUCAGAAGGAAGCGGCGAAGUUGCAGCUUGGUUAAAUAUGGCACGUACGACUGGUGGCUUCAUUGUGAGUUACUUCCAGGUGAACUGGGCACAUUCCAUGGGCGUCAAGAAUAGCUUUGGCGUACAAGCGGGGAUCAUUGCUAGGGCCUCUCUUAUACCAAUUGGAUUGAUGAUUUGGGGCAGGGCGUUAAGAGAGCGCAGUGGGCCACUAGGGUUUAAAACGAUAUGA